GCCGCACCCAGUCAAUAUCGGAACUCAUGGACUCAGGUGAAGCACAGGUGUUCAGACCCGCAGGUAGAAAAAGACAACACCAUACUCCUUUCCCUUUUUUUCUUCAUCACUGUUUCUGAAGAAUACUUUUAGUUUUUAUUUAAUUUCAGCAAUUUUUUAAAACAGAAGUGGUGUUCGUUUUUAUUUUAUUUUAUUUUUACAUAUUUUGUUGACUAACGAUGGAGUGAUUGUGUUUCAACCUUCACGGUGUUCAUACUGGAGCUUAUACUGCGUCCUUUGCGCACCAUGAAUUACAGCUCCACCAAACGAGCGCUUGCUGUGCUUAUUACCUGCACAUUUUUAAGUCUUCCUGAUUACUGUAACGGAGAAUCUUCACAUAAACCAAAUGCAGGGGCCACAAUUUUGCCCCCGACCAAGCCCGAUAAUGGACCCCAGGCUUAUCCAGAGGAUGUGCCUUCAAAUUUACCUGUGUUCACUAUGGACUAUCCCAGAAUACAAAUCCCGUUUGAGAUCACGUUAUGGAUGCUUCUGGCCUCGUUCGCAAAAAUCGGUUUUCAUGUGUAUCACAAGAUAACGAUCUGGGUGCCAGAGUCAUGCCUUCUCAUAGGCAUCGGUCUGAUUGUUGGCGCCAUCAUGCACUCAGUCCACGAGGAGCCUCCGGCUGCUCUCAGCAGCAAUGUCUUCUUCCUUUACAUGCUCCCCCCUAUCGUCCUGGACUCAGGCUACUUCUUGCCCACCAGGCUGUUCUUCGAGAACGUGGGCACGGUGUUGUGGUUUGCAGUGGUGGGGACCCUCUGGAACAGCAUCGGCAUCGGCAUGUCCCUGUUCGCGAUAUGCCACAUCGAGGCGUUCGGCGUGCAGGACAUCAACCUCCAGGAGAACCUGCUGUUUGCCGCCAUCAUCUCGGCAGUGGACCCUGUGGCGGUCCUCAACGUCUUUGAGGACAUUUCUGUGAACGAGCAGCUCUACAUCCUGGUGUUCGGAGAAUGUCUCUUUAACGACGCCGUCACCGUGGUGUUGUACAACAUGUUCUCCUUUGUGGCAGAGAUGGAGGUGGUGGAGCCCGAAGAUGUGUUCUUGGGAGUGGCGAGGUUCUUUGUGGUCGGCCUUGGGGGGAUGGGCUUCGGCAUCCUUUUUGGUUUUGUGGCCGCCUUCACAACGAGAUUCACCUCCAAGGUCCGAGAAAUCGAGCCCCUCUUCAUCUUCAUGUUCAGCUACCUGGCGUACCUGGUGGCCGAGCUCUUUGCCAUCUCCUCCAUCAUGGCCAUUGUUUGCUGUGCCCUCACCAUGAAGUACUAUGUCGAGGAGAACGUUUCCCAGCGUUCUUGCACAACCAUCCGGCACGUGGUCAAGAUGCUCAGCUCUAUCUCGGAGACCCUCAUCUUCUUCUUUUUGGGCGUCGCCACCGUAACGACCAAGCAUGAGUGGAACUGGGGCUACAUCCUUUUCACGUUGCUGUUUACCUUUUUAUGGAGAGGUCUGGGUAAGCAGGAUGCAAGGCCUCUACCAACUGUGCCACUUUAUAUUGAAAUACAAAUAUUUGUGCCUUUCAAUUCAUAUAAAAAAUCAAAUAAUUUCUAAUUGACAUCAUCAUAUAAAUCCAGGCUCAUUUGAAACAUUUUAAAAGUGUUUUUUUGUUUCUCUCUGCAGGGCAUCAGUAUCCGACCUCUGAUUGAGUUCAUCAACGUACGGAGGACCAACCGCGACGUAGAGACCAUCAAUGUAGAGAUUCACAGCAGGCUCAUGGAGCACACGAUGGCAGGAAUAGAGGAUCUCUGUGGACAGUGGAGUCACUUCUACUGGAAGGACAAAUUCAUGAAGUUCAACAACCGAAUACUACGUAGGGUCCUGAUCCGAGACAGCAGGGCCGAGUCCAGCAUUGUGGCGUUGUACAAGAAGCUGGAGCUGCAGAACGCCAUGGAGAUCCUGGACACGGUUUCUGGGGACAUCAGUGCUGCUCCUUCCCUCGUAUCCCUUCAACAAGAGAAGAAGGAAUUUGCUAAACCAAAGAAGGCAUUCAUGGCUGAGGACCUGAAAAACAUGCACAACCUCCUUUCCAAGAACAUGUACAAGAUCAGGCAACGGACGGUGGCGUUUACGAGUAAGUACGCUCUGCCCAACGACAACCAGCCCAGAGAGAUCCUGAUCAGACGCCACGCCAGCAUCCGCCGGAGCCUCCGACYCGGCAGCUUUCAGUCAGCGAUUCCAGACUCUCAGAAAUAUUUCUCACUUCCUACUGGACAGAGUCUGGGGUCAAAAUAUCCAUCUGCGAGGCGGAGUUAUGCAGAUGACCAUGAAACCAUGUCGGAAGUAGCCUAUCCUACCCGGCGCUUUCGAUUCAGCCAGCCCAAACGCUCCUCGUCCGGAGCCAUGAUGCCUCUUCACAGGCUGGGAACUCUGAAGGAAGUUCCCUCCACCGACGUCCUCAAUGAAAGCCAGAGUGAGAGCUUUGGCAAAGACCACAGCAAACCCCGAACUGGCUCCUCCUACAGCGACUCCCGCUUCCCAGCUCAUCCUCGCCACUUCGACCCUCCUGUUGACGAUAACAACGGCUCCGCUGAUGACGUAAGAAAUGAGGACGAGGCAGAAGAGGAGCAGCGGCGGCAGCAGCAGCAUCGCGGGGCUUUGAGGCCUCCGCCCAGCUGGGCAGCUGAACCCAGAGACAACACGCCUGGAAACCCUCUGCUCAGACGGCCGCAGUGAAACCCCAGGAAGUAAACGACUGCAUCAAAUAGAACCUCAAAUUGUAAAAAAAAAAAACUGAAGAGUCCUGAUUUUACUUUUAAAGAUGAAGGGCAAUUUACACUGGAGGUCUUUUUUUUUUCCACUUUUUUCUGAAGAUAAAGUCCCGGCUCAUAGGUAAACUUCGUAGAAAAGUGAAACAGUGAACAGUGAAGCGCAGCGCACUGCGGGGGAGGAGCUAUUUCAGAACGUCAGACAACUCUCAAUGUGUCUCAUUUAAAAUUUUACUAUUCAUUUUUAUAUUGUUUUAAGGUGUCAAAUAAAUUUUAUCAAGGAAUUACAAUGUAAACAUCUUUGGAAAAAAAAUAAAUAAAUAUAUACAUAAAAUACUUCAGUUUCUAGAUUUGCAGAGGCACCAUAAACAUUCUUCAAAAACCUGCAGCUAUAACUAAAACAAGAGUUUCGUCACAAAAAAUGUUUCAGACUGUUCAGUUUUUUAUUUGGAAUUAUUUUGAAAACCGUUUAUCAUUUUCUUUCCAUUUCACAAUCACGCACAUUUUUUUCUUGAUGCAAACACUUUUGUAAAGGCACUGCAAAUAUUAAAACAUUAGUCCAACCAACAGCAGUGACGAACCUUCAUAAACACAAACUCCUGUAUAACACAUGGGAGACAACUGAAGAAUGCAAAAAGUGAUUCAACUAUAAAAACACAAAGGUUUCGCAUUUAAAAGAACAAAGAUUUCCCAAAGUCUCUGAACAAACUUUUGUUGUACCUGCAAAAUAUUCAAAAAUUAAAGCUGUGGGUCUUGUGUGAGUCCUAGAUGUGUUUUAAAUUAUCUUUCAGAAACCAGUAGUUAGUAGAACAGCAGUUAUACUGCUGAUAGUUAUAUUUAGUCAAUUCAAGUGCCGAUUGCAAACUCAGUUCCCAUCCAGCCACACGAGGCCCACAUAGAUUAGAAGUGCAGAUAUGCAGAGGGAAGAAAAAAA